CCUAAUCGGUUAUAUGCUUUUCUUCUUUUCUUCUCUCUUACUACAAGUUACUACCUACCCUAGGUAUGGUAAAAGAAUGGUUCAAAAUCUCUGCCAAGACCACGCCGUCUUAGGAACUACCUACCCUAGCAUCCGCCAUAAGCCCGUUACAUUAAACACAUUAGCACCCGAGCCUUAAGCGAAAAUCAUCGGGCAUUUUCUCAACUACUUUAGACCGUAUUUUUCGGAAUGGCGAGGCACAUCACGCCGAGAUCAGCUGAGUUGUAGAAACUACUGAGUGCGGAAUACGGAUAUAACUGAAAAAGUGAGGCAAUCGAGCCAUGUCAAGACGAAAACAAAACAGUCGAGCAAAGUACAUACCCUACAUAGUACAACAGUAGCACACUAACUAUACUACUAAGAGAGAUCGAACAAGCGCAAUGACUUGCCGCUAAACUAGCAAAGGCAUUCCAGACCUUGCUCUCUAUAGCCAUUAUCUCGAUAAUAUUAUUACUACUGCUGCUAUAGUAUUACUACUGCUAUUGUUCUAACUUCUUAGCACAAUACGACUUACCAGUGGUAUUCUCUAAAAUACAACCCGGCUGUUAAACCCCGGCACGGUGUACAAUCCUACCUACUUCAGUGCCGAAAACAUCCAUGCUGUCAUGGCAGCGAACGGACCCCUGAAUGUCGUCGCGUUGGUGUCCGGGGGAAAGGAUAGCUUCUAUUCCAUUCUCCACUGUCUGGCAAAUGGACACCGCGUCCUGGCCUUGGCGAACCUCCACCCGCCGCUCGACGCUGCGACUACUACUAGUAGGGCUAUAGCUGAACCAGGACAUAUAGCAGCUCAAUCUGGCGCUGCUACGGCCGUUGCGGCACUACGGAACUCCCCCGGCCAUGAAGCUGUCCCUAAACGGGAGCAGCACGGUGCGCCCGUGGGAGCGGGAGCAGGCGAUACCGGUGGCAGCCAGGACGAAAACGGAGAGGAAGUGGCUGACCUGAACAGUUUCAUGUACCAGACCGUGGGCCACCAAGUCAUCCCCCUGUACUCUCAGGUCACGGGUCUACCUCUGUUCCGCCAACUCAUCCACGGCACCGCUGUGGAUCAUGGCAUAAGUUACCAGGCUCCUAAUGGCGGUCACGACGAACAAACAGAAGAAGAUGAGACAGAGUCAUUAGUCCCGCUACUGCGCGCUGUCAUCAACGCUUACCCACAGGUCAACGCAUUAUGCACGGGUGCCAUAUUGUCCACAUACCAACGCACACGCAUCGAGUCCGUCGCCUUACGCCUAGGGCUAGUUCCGCUAGCUUUUUUGUGGCAAUUUCCCGAGCUCCCACUUCCUUCUGCUAUCCCGCAGGCGGGUAGUGGUGAGCAUAAGGAUGACGCGCAGCUACUCCGCGACAUGGCGGUCACAGGACUAGAGGCACGUGUGGUGAAAGUGGCUAGUGCUGGCCUGGGAGAGGAGUUCCUGUGGGAGAAUGUGGCGAGUGAGACCUGUGUGGCACGUAUCCAGCGAGCGCUUCGACGUUUUGGGAGUGGUGGUCGGGGCGCUGUUCUCGGUGAGGGCGGUGAGUUCGAGACGCUCGUGGUUGAUGGGCCACCCUCCCUGUUCAAGGGUCGCAUUAUCAUCCAUGAUCACGACAGGAGGGUCGUACGCGAAGGUGGAGGUAGUGCGUGGCUAAACAUCCGCCAGGCUACGGUCGAGAUGAAGGCCGAUGCAGAGGUAGCGUCUGGCACGAUGGAUGAUCAUAGUAUACGUGUACCCAGCCUACUCGAUCCGAGAUUUGAGAUUAUACUACAAACGCUAUGCGAUGAGCCCAACGACGAUGAACUGGGAUAUGAUCCUAUCCUAUUAUCUCAGGCCUCGUCGUCACCAUUACCACCCUCAAGCUUAUCUCGUUUCGGUCCCACUAGCUCUGACCAAGACUGGUACUUUGUCGGAAAUUCGGGGAGUGUUGAAGGCCAGACUGCCCGCAUUGUAGAUGAGAUUCGUCGGCGGCUAGACAAGGAAACUCUACCCGCUACCGCCAUUACUAACUCUAUUAUCGUGUUGCGACGAAUGGCAGAUUUCCCUACCGUGAACAAACUCUAUGGAGCACUAUUUCCAGGGCCGAACCCGCCGGCUCGAGUCACAAUUUCCUGUGGUGAUUUAUUACCUGGGGAUGCUGAUAUAACGGUGUUUCUUUCGGUACAGCGAUGUCUCAAGACAAAGCCUGACCAUAGGCGAGGAUUGCAUGUCCAGUCUCGAUCCUACUGGGCUCCUGCAAAUAUUGGCCCUUAUAGUCAAGCUAUUUCAUACCCCUUGCUCUCGGAUGAAAUCCGAGGCAAUAACGAUGAAUCAAGUUCGGAGUCACCCCUCGCGAUAUCUAUUGCAGGGCAGAUAUCCCUUGUGCCCUCUUCCAUGGAUCUGCCUCUUGGGGCCUCAGGUAAUAGCAAUGGUAACAGUUCUCCUUUACAAAUCACACUAGCGCUACAGCAUCUCUGGCGUAUUGGCAUCGAAAUGCAGGUCCAAUGGUGGAGCAGCGCUGUAGCAUACUUCCCUCGCUCAUCCAGUGUGGACGAUAUGAAGCACAAUGCAUUGCUCGCUGCGACGGCGUGGAAAGCGGUGCAUGCUAGUAUCCCGAAAGAUCCUGACGCCGUCGACGUGGAUCCGUGGGACCAAAAGUACAACCCCCUUUACAUCUCGUUGGCGGGCGGUGACAGUGGUGCCUCAGCAGCGAGGCCACCGCUCCCAGAUUGGGAUGUGGUGAACGGUGUCGACGCUGAUGACGAUGACGACGAUGAUAGUGAGACACAGAUGAAACCUUUGCCGUUCAUGUUCUCCGCCGAAGUGGCGGAGUUGCCGCGGGCGGCUGGAGUGGAAUGGCACGCUCACUUGGGGUUUGCAAAACUGAACACCGGGUCUGUACGGCUAUACUCUAAAAUCGGCAGCGAUGGAGCUCCGGAUCUGUAUCACGUCGUCAUCCAAGAAACUGGUAGUGAUACUUUCGUUCAAACUCUUGCCGUAUACCCCAAAGACGAACGUGUCGAGUCCCUUUCGUUCGAAGAUGCCAUUAAGUAUUCUGCGGCUGCGGUAGAGAAGUCAUUGACGAAGCUGUUCAUCAAUUCCGAUGCUUUUGUACAUGGGACAGAAGGGAAUGAUGCUACUGUCGCUGCUGCUGCUAUAAACCCUAAACUUACGUACGUUGAUGCAGAGACCUUUAACCGUUGUGAAGGGAGCAGAGGUGCGGUUAUACCAUGUCGGUCGCUGUGGGAUGCUAGAGGGGUGAGGUUGGGUAUGGCCGGGGUAUAUGAGACGAGGUUGAGUGGUAGGAUAUAGUACUCUGAUGCAAAAUAUCGUGAGAUAGAUCAUCAUCUAUGGGCGGUAGCUUGAUGGCUGUCUAUCUAAGCAGGUAGUCAUUUAUGCUUCUAUAGCCAGUUUUGAACACUUGGUAUGAUGAAGCUUUCUGUCUAAUGCCGCCUAGGCAAGUAUGCAUACCUUGUGCAUAAAAUGAGAUUAAGAAACAUAGGGGUAUCGUCUCUACCUAGGUGCGUAUCUAGGUACUUAUCUAUCCAACAACUCGCUGAAGUCCGUGCCUCUGUCUAGCCAUGCAUACCUACAUACAUGCAUACCUACAUACAUAAAGCUACACUAAUAUAGUUACACACCUACAUACAUAAAGCUACACUAAUAUAGUUACACACCUCUAUAGGUAUACAGCCUCCAAAUAAUAGCCCUCUUCCUACCUACCUACCUACUGUCUUCUGCCUACUGCUGCAUAGCAUCCACCAGCCCCCACCACCCCUCGCACCGUCUCCGCUGCUCCUCAGGAACCGUCUCCAUCGUAAAGUUAAACCCAUAAUCCCCCCCCUCCUCCCCCUCCUCCUCCGUACUCGCCCGCAUAACCAGUCUCCUCCCCCCCCUACUAUCCCCCCAGGCCUCCC